ACUAACAAACAGGAUUUUACUCGUUUACCAUAAAUGUCAUUCUUGUAACUUUAAACAUGAAUGACUUAUUGUGAAUAACAUUUUAAUAUUAUUUGUCCUUUAGUUCUUGUCUUUAUUGGAUGGUAAAUGCAUAUGCGUUUUUUAAAUUGCUGCUUAAAACUUAGUGUCAGGAGUGCGAACUUGAGAACGUCAUAGCUUUGAAAGUGGACUGCUCUGUUCACCACCCUGCUCAGUCUCUGAGUGUCACUGAAACCUUCAGACAAAUAUUCCAUAAACAUCUGUGCAGGUUCCUGGUGUACAGGAACAUUGAACCUUAUUCAGAGGUAAAAGCCUGAACCAUGACUGACUCAUAAAGAGCAAACAAGUCAAGCACGGGCAUAAGUCCACAUUUUCUGAAAAUUUAAAGUUGAAAACCUCAAGUGUCAUCUAAGAAGGUUGUGUAUCAAACUGUGCCUGCAGGACCAUGAGUGUUGCUGAGCACAGUCUGCACCGGAGAGGUUCAGAACAAACGCUGAUGCAACUGUCAGUGGAGCAGAGCCAAGAGAAUGCUGAGACAUCCUAUGUUUCAGUGGACUUCCCAGGUUCGCCCACGAGCUCUCUCUGGCAUACACCUGCACCUCAAGGCAUACUCCUUAACACCUCUCCUGCUGCUGGCAGGAGGUUGACAGGAAACUAUAGCAAUGAGAAGCACUGUGUCACAUGGCAAGUACUCGAUGGCUUCCGAACAGUCUCUUUUGGGCCUGCUGAGGAUGAGGACGAACUGCUCACAGCAAUAUGGAAUGGUGAUGUGCAGAAAGUGAGGGAAAUUGUGACCUCUGAGGAAAUGCCCAUAAGCCUUAUGAGACUCAACAAGGAUGGCUGGACACCAGUGCAUGAGGCUGCCUAUUAUGGUCAGACUGACUGCUUAAAGCUAUUGCUUUCAGCUGUUCCAACUAUGAUUAACACCCGAACCAAUAAAGACCAGACACCUCUUAUUCUGUCCGUAUCGAAGGGACACUUAGUUUGUGUGAAAUAUCUUUUGGAGAAAGAGGCAGACCCCAAAAUCCCCACCAAGACCAAUGAGACACCUUUAUAUGAAGCUUGUGCAACAAACAAUGAUCAGAUGGUGCUGCUCCUAUUGAGGAAUGGAGCAGAUGUCAAUCAGAAAUGUUUGGAUAGAUGGACUGCACUUCAUGAGUCAGUGUUACAAAACAAUCUGGAAAUUUGUGAGAUUCUAGUUGCAUAUGGUGCCCAAGUGACCUCUUCCAACAUCUUUGGAGUCAGCCCUCUAUUCCUGGCAGCCCAGUAUGGAUUUGUUGAAGCCGUUCAGCUCCUGGUGAAAAAUGGUGCUGACAUUAACAGUGAAGCAAUAGAUGGAGCUACAGCUUUGUAUGAAGCCUGCAAGAAUGGCUACUAUGAGACUGUAGAGUUUCUUCUGUCUUGUGGUGCUGACGCGAACAGGCCUGGGAAGGAUGGACUUUUACCUCUUCAUAUUGCUGCAAAGCAUGGACAUGACGGGAUAAUAUCCAUGCUGAUCAUGGGAACCAGCAGGACCAAAAUCUGGUUCAGUGGCAUCAGUCCUCUCCACCUCGCAGCUGAAAACAAUGAGGAUGAGGCUUUGGACCUCCUUAUCCGAGCCGGCUUUGAUGUCAACACCCCCCUCGCCCCUGACCACUCUUGUAUGUACGAGGACCGCCGUACCACAGCUCUCUACUUCACUGUUGCUAAUGGCAACAUAGAGAGCGCAUCCAUGCUUCUGCUGGCUGGUGCUAACCCCAACUUGGAUGUUUUCAAUCCUCUGCUGCUGGCUGUGAGACAGGGUCACUUAAAGAUGGCCACCUUGCUUAUGGAGCACGGAGCCAAUGUCAAUGCCUCUAUCCCCACACACCCCACCACCUUUCCAGCCUGUGUGAUGCUAAGCGUGGGCAACCUGGCCAUGCUAAAACGCUUGAUGCACUACGGAGUGGAUGCCAGUGCAUGCUUUUGGUGUAAAUAUGGAUUAAAGCAGCAUCUAAAUAAUGACACUACACACAGUUGUCGUGAGCUACAAUACAGUCCAGAGAUGGCUACAAACUCCUGUUUGCAGUUCUGUGAGAUGGUCUCACAUCCCUCAGUGUAUCGCUGGGCAGGAUCUACCAUAGAUUUGCUGCUGGAUUAUGUAGGUCAUGUGACACUCUGUUCCAGACUCAUUGAAUACCUGGAAAGGUAUGAGGAAUGGACAUAUAUAAAAGAGAAGUCAAUACUACCCCAACAUCUAAUGCAGCUCUGCAGAAUAAGGAUUCGCCAGCUACUAGGAAGGGAACGACUGAAAUCUAUCAGCACACUGGACCUUCCAGGACGACUAAUUAAAUACCUGAACCAUGAGCAAGAAGAUGUGCUUUAAGUACAUCUCUGUGGGAUAAUAAAACCUCUAAAUAAUGAUCAAUGGAUAGUGUAAAUAAUGUGAUACGUAAUUGCUUUAGAACAGCUGUUCUUAUAUGUUUAUAAAUCUUUUUAACACAAUUUUACCCCAUUUACACUUACCAAACAUUAUCAGUGCAACAUCAUGGUUAUUGCUCACAGGUAUGUUAUUUUUAAAUUACAUGGACCCUAGACUAUAUCAUUAACAUUAUAGUUUUAAUCAAUAGGAGUGUAAUACAUUAUAAUGUAGAAGGAGAGAAGGAAAGAGUAGUUUGAAAUCUGUUAGCAUGUUUGUGCACAAAAGGUCCAUGUUAAUUCUGAAAUAAACUUUUUAAGGGAAAUUCAAAACUUAAAAAAAUUCCCCAUGAAAUAGUGUUGAAAUGUAACUGAUCACAACAAUCUAUUAAUUUUAAUGCAGUCUUCACAUUAACAUUCAUAUUUACUACAAUCAAGAUUUACAAAGUGAUAUUCUGGAUUAGGAUGUGGAUUGAUGUAUAUUGAUUGAUAUAUAUUGAUUGAUGUGUACUGAUUGAUUUAUAUUGAUCUCUGUCUCUGGAUUCCCCUACCACAGCCUGACCCAGACUCUAUAUGUCUCUAUAUGUCUGUCUCCUCAGUUCAUUUAUACCAUCUAUCUAUUUUGUUUACUUCUGCAUUCUUGUCUUUUAUUUAUACUGUUUUGUAUUCAUUAUUGUUGGUUUUGUAUUUAAUUUGUGUUUUCUUUGAAGUAUAUUUGCUUAUUGAAAUAUAUCAAUCAAAUGUA